AGACAUACCUCCUCAGACGCACACACACACAGUGUGAGACAGUGACAGGCUGUUAUCGGUCUAUAGACAGACAGGCAGAGACACACAUGAAACAGAGCUGAUCACCUGUAGAUAGCAAGCACCAUAUGGAUAUAUAAGCCCAGAGAAAGAUAUUGGCAAUUCCUAAUAUAGUGCACAAACUACCAUUCAGUUACCCUGCAGAUAGGUAAACACAGAUAGAGAUUGCAAUAGAAAUACACAGAGUGGUCUGGAAGGUGUACACAUUGUGAGAGAGGUCAGUCAGUGAGUGAAGCAGAUAUCGAGGCCAUUUGGUGAGAGGGACUGAAACGAAGAGCUAGAGACACGCGGAAUUCUUCAAGAUGGCAUCAUUCUGUCCCAAAUGUACUAAACCUGUCUACUUUGCAGAAAGAGUCAGCUCACUUGGAAAAAACUGGCACCAGUUCUGUCUGAAAUGUGAGCGCUGUAACAAGACCCUAUCGGCAGGGGGGCAUGCACAGCAUGAAGGGAAGCCUUAUUGUCACAAGCCAUGCUAUGCCAUUCUGUUUGGACCCAAAGGGGUAAAUAUCGGAGGUGGUGGCUCUUAUGUUUAUGAUAUAGAUUCAUUGGCAGCCCGACCAGUCAAUGCUUCGAUGCAGAGUCUCCUUGUUAGCUCUCCUGACCCUUCAAGAUCUGCAUCUCCACCAACAGUGCAGAGUUCCUUUGCCAAACCUCCUCUGACUCCCACACCAGCGAGCACAGUAAUACCGAAUCCUUUUGCCAAACCAUCUCCACCAGUGAGAACUGAGAAUCCUGCGCUAAAAGCACAACCUAGAGGCUCUCCCUACACUAGCUUUGCUGGCGAGACUGCUCAUUGCCCUGGUUGUGGGAAGGUGGUGUACUUUGCGGAGAAGGUGACGUCCCUCGGGAGGAACUGGCACCGGCCCUGCCUAAGGUGUGAGCGAUGCCGAAAAACAUUGACCCCUGGUGGCCAUGCCCAGCAUGAAGGGAAGCCCUAUUGCCAUGUUCCUUGCUAUGGAAUUUUGUUCGGACCCAAAGGUGUGAAUAUUGGUGAUGUUGGCUGCUUCAUUUACGAUAACUAGACCGUGGUGGUCAACAAGUGCAGAACACAGCCCUCUCAGCACCCCACUCACUGACUUCCUGGUUUCAAACGCAAACACCUGAUGGGAGAAUGGAAAUCCCAGCAAGAUUCAAGUGACUGAUUCAUUGGUUCUGGGCUUAGUUUCAGUUUUAUUGUGCAUUGUUUAUUGGUCAUGAAUGUGAUACACAGCUAGCCUGUAUCUCUAAUGGUGCCUCUUGUGUCUCUGAUGUGGAUAUUCCAGUUCAUUGUAUUAUAUAUCAUUCAGUUCAUUUUUCCUGUGAUGUACGCCAUUCUGUAGCCUCUCCCUGUGUUGUGUACCAUUCAGUUCCAUUUUUCCUGUGAUGUACGCCAUUCUGUAGCCUCUCCCUGUGUUGUGUACCAUUCAGUUCCAUUUUUCCUGUGAUGUACACCAUUCUGCAGCCUCUCCCUGUUUUGUGUGCCAUUCAGUUCCUUCCCCUGUAUUAUACACUGGUCAGUUUGUUCCCAGUGCCUUUUGAUUUAAACAUUUGUGCUCUUGUGCACAGUGAUCAAUUUAUUCCAUCCUGCCUAAAGCUGUGCUAUUUGUUCCCUGGAUGGUAAUGAAGAAUUGAAGACUGUAAUUUUGAAUUCUUGAAUGUUCCUGUUAUUUUCGCAUUCGACUAUUGAGAACAACACUACACAUAUUCUAAUAAAGAUCAGCAUAAUUGUGUAUAUUCUCCCUCCUCA